AUGAAGAUCCUCCUCAUCUUCACCCUCUUCCUGAUUCCAGGUGGAGGAGAAUCAGAGAGAGUGACAGGAUAUUCAGGAGGAGGAGUCCUCAUCAAGUGCACAUACGACACAGGAUACACAUCAAACCCAAAGUACCUCUGUACGGGUUCAUGGCCCUGCAUGACGAAGCCAAUUUGGACAGAUGCUAAAAAUGAGUGGAUAAAUAGAGGAAGAUUCUCACUGUUUGAUGACACCAGAGCUGCAGAGUUCUGGGUGUUGAUCAGAGAGCUCACUGUAGAGGAUUUUGGAACGUACAAGUGUGCAGUUGAUAAAUUUGGCUUUGACAUCUACACACCAGUGGAAUUGAAUGUACAGGAAGGAUUGACAGAUCAAGAGAAGAGCAUCAGUGUGACUGGUCAUGUAGGAGGACGUGUGAACAUCAGCUGCAAAUACUCACAAUCCCACAGCAGUGACCCCAAGUUUCUCUUUUCCUCUGUGGUCACUGCUGUGUCUGUGAUUCUGCUGCUGCUUCUGAUUGGACUCUUAUUCUUCAUAGUCACUCUUUCAAAGAGAAGCAAGACCCAAGAAGCUCUUCUGUUCUCCACUCGUUACCUGUAUUAA